AUCGCAUCCCGUUCACUGUUCCCUUGCUGUGCUUGCUACUACGCCUUUACACAUGGCACUAUAAGUGACUAUGCGUAUAUACACCUCACUUGCCCUUUGCACGUUGGUCGUCAACUGGACGUUGACCCUAAUAGCCUCCAUUGCCGUCGUUGUCGUGUAUUGUCAUCGGCUCCCUGCGGGAGGGCUGUUCGUCUCAGUCCGGCCCGAUGAUAUCCUUCUUCUUAUUUCUUUCAUCAUCGGACUAGUGCUCGUCUCGCUGUCCACCUGGGGAAUACUCGAUGAAGGCCAGGCGGAACAUCAACAGAACGUCUCUGAUUCCCACCUUGAACGUGCGGCCAAGUCUCUGCUCGUCGCCGAGGCCCUGUGGACAAUGGUGACGGGGCUGCUCCGCAUCGCCGCCUGUCUGAUGGCUUAUCGUAUUUUCUCAGUCUCAAAAUUCGCACGCCGUACUACCUCCACAAUCAUCGCAAUGAGCGCCGGACUCGCUGCCGCGUCAAGCAUACAGAUAUUCCUGAUCUGCAAGCCAUUCGCCGCACAGUGGGAUCCGCGCGUCUUGGGCGCCUGCGGCGACCAGGUCGCAUCGUUCAUGGCUCUGGAGGCUGCCGGACUGGUCCUUGACCUCGGGAUACUCAUGGUCCCCACUGUCAUGAUAAGUGGUCUUCAAAUGCCGCUGGAGAAGAGAAUACAGCUUGCUUUUGUAUUCAACAUUGGUGCCGUCGUGCUUGUUGUCACCGGCCUCCGUAUGGCUUCUCUGCAGAAGGCUGUGUCCCCAGAUUUUACUUAUUCUCAGAGCUAUUUGUCGCUGCUCUCCGCUUCGGGCUGCAUGGCCGGGAUCAUUUGUUGCGCAUCACCCUCAUUGUGGGGUUCACUGAAAAGGAUGUUUGUCAGACGACGGCGGCGGUGUUGUGGUGGUAUCAUGGACAUUAUGGGGCCAAGUACGAUGCGGAAUAGGGCGACGGGGACUUUUCAAAACAUUGACGAAGGAUCCACGUCGCGAACUGGUGAGGACCGAACCGAGGGAUGGCCAGUACAUGCCAGUGACACGGCCAGAUAUAACCAGGGUCCAGACCGCCCACCUGGAGACGGAGCAGACGAGGGCGCGAUGUCGCAAACGGAUAGGGACAGAGGCAGGAGGUGGUCAAUUGCAAGUCAGGAGGCACGACAACCUCACAGACCCCAGACAUAUAUCGCGGUAGGGAACCCCCAGCGGCCUCCGAGGCCGCCCCUCAACCCAACCGCCCCGCACAGCUUGCGGCAUGCUCCAGCCGUAGCUAGCGACUCGGAGUGCCCGGGCGGGCAGCUGGUCUAUAUUUAUGGAAGAUGGGACGUAGUCCAGGUUGGCCCCUCGUGGAGAACUUCUUGACCGAUGACGUCGGACUGAUUCCCGAGGGAUGCGUGAAAAUGUUGCCAGUAGGAGGCAGCAUAGCCGGAAUGGAAACUAGAGUCGAGCUGAAGAGUUGGUGGGAAUCGCAUACGUGGCCUUCCAACAACAGGCCUGAUCCUCAGGAGAGUUCAGGCUCGCUCGGGGCUGUGCCGGCAUGAGAGAAAAAGGGCUUCAUUACAAGGGCUGUCAAUUUCUUAGUCCCCGUGAAAGUUAGUUCAUGUGACAUCGAGAGAUCUCGAGUUGACGGCUUGAGAUGACACCCAGAAUUAUUAUCUACGACAUCGCUUCUUCGUCCCUGCCCCGGCCCUGUCAACCCCAAGCCAUGCUUUCGUCUACUGGCACUGGAAGUACCCUUGAAACAGAAGUCAGCAUCACAAGUAGACAGCUCAAGGCUGGAAUGACUUACAGUCGUUCACCUUAACACAGGUAUACGGACUCGCGCACUGCAGCAAACCCAAAGUCAGCGCCCAGCACAAAUCGUCAUCACGUUCCGCCCAAAUAUUCAAGGGACAAAAAAUAGCAUACCGCUGUCGCCCCCGUCCAGCCAUUACCGCCACACUGAGCCCACUGCGGAGCGGCCCCCGAGCCCCCGGCAGCAGUCGUCGUCGCGCUGGCUGAGGAGGUCGUGGUGGACGUCCGAAUGGUAGACGUGGAUGUAGCCGGAGUCGAGGUCGGGCUCACCGCGCUCUGUUGAGAGUACCCAUGGUCAGUACUAUUCAUUCACACAUUUUCAUCAGCAUGUAUAGUGGGAGGAAAUGCGAAACUUACGGUGAAGCCGAACCACUUGAGAUCUUCCUCCGGGAACACGUCAAUGGAGUGAGAGACGCCAGAGCCCAGGAAAGCCUAUGCCACUAUGGUUAGCAAAGAUAUUCCCUCAUCUCGAAGAAAGUCACGGAAACAGACUGGGAGCGAGCCACACUCACCUGAAACUUAUCACCAAACACAUACCUAGUGUACGGGCUCCGCGGAUAAUUCGCCGUGGUCGACACAGCAUUCUCCGAGUACCCAAACACGCCCGUCCACUGCUUGAUCGUCUCAUAGUAGUUCUGAACAUUAAGCGUCUCGUCGACACUACCGUGAUAAAUCUGCAUCUUGGGCCGAGCUCCAGUAUAACCCGGGUACAUGUCCUUGACGACGUUGGUCCACUGCUGCUGCGUCGCGAUAGACUGUCCCGUGGAGCAGGUCGAGUUCCAAAAGUCCGGGAUAUCAUCAGCGCUCAUGAAGCAGCCUGCCGGAACGCCGGCGUAGGCGAUGCCUGCUGCGAAGACGUCUGGGUAUGUCGCUGCUAAGACGUUCUGGAAACUGUCAAUAUUGCUAAGCGCCUCAUAUGGCAUUGAAGAUUCUACAAAAUACCAUUCAUAGCACAGAUAGCCAAU